AUGGAACCGGCCCAGGACGAAAAGGCGUUAAUCGACAGUAAUCCGCAGCUACAAUCUUAUUAUCACUCUCUUGAAUCGAGGAUUGGUUAUCGUCUUGUUCUUGGCGGAACACGCCAUUUCGGAUACUACGAACAUGACACUUGGUGGCCGUUUCCAUUCAGCCGCGCGCUGCGUGCCAUGGAAGAUAAACUGGCUACAUUGCUAAAUCUUGCACCGGGCGCUCGUGUCCUUGACGCUGGAUGUGGCGUAGCCCACGUUGCGAUUCAUUUAGCAAGUAAGCAUGGACUCAGAGUCCAAGGAAUUGAUAUCGUCGAUCAUCAUAUUGUCAAGUCGAGACGAAAUAUUGCGCGGCAUCAUCUGUCGAAGGAUCAAGUCACUGUGCGAAAAAUGGAUUACCACCACUUGGAAAGCUUCACAGAUGGGAGUUUCGAUGGCGUUUACACAAUGGAAACAUUCGUUCACGCCACAGAUCCUCAGGGUGUUCUGCGUAAUUUCUUUCGGGUCUUGCGUCCUGGCGGUCGCCUUGCGUUAUUUGAAUACGAUCACGAAUUAGUCAAGAACCCCGAAGAAUCAAUGAAGAUUUCAAUGAAAAAAAUCAACGAGUUUGCUGCAAUGCCGACCAAUAGCGUCUCACAACCUGGAGUUUUCCGGCAAAUGCUCGAAGACGCUGGGUUCACUGACAUCGUUGUACGGGACUAUUCUUCCAACAUUAAACCAAUGACGCGGUUUUUUUACCUGCUCGGUUAUGUUCCUUUCAUCAUUGUGGCCUUUUUUGGUUUGGAAGGUCUCUUCAUUAACACAGUCGCCGGAGUCCAGUCUUAUCGGGGCCGUGAACACUGGCGCUAUGUGACUAUUUCAGCUUCAAAGCCAGGAGGAAGUACCGAUGGGACGAAGAAGAGCCAAUGA